AUGGCACCUUCUAGCGCAGUAAAAAUCCCGAAGACCAACUCGUCGGUUCACGAUAUUCAAGCAGAUGCCCCUCCAUUUGGCUCCAGGUUUUUGACUGAGGAUCAGGACGUGUGGAGCAAAAACGCCUGGGACCACGUUCCUCCCCCAUCUGACCAAACAGAACGAAUUGAGAAAGCGCUUGGACGGCAACGAAAUUCCCCAGUGCCAAAGGCGGAAUACUCGAAAUAUAACGAUAACCCUGCUUCUUAUUGGGAUCGAUUCUACAAAUGGAACGAGGGAAAUUUCUUCCGUGACCGCAAAUGGCUCCACCAAGAGUUCCCAGAACUCACCCAAUUAACUGAUAGCGAGGCUGGCCAGGCAACAGUCGUUGAGAUCGGGUGUGGCGCCGGGAACACCGUGUUUCCUCUACUUGAAUCAAACCAAAAUCCCAAACUGAACAUAAUCGGAUGUGAUUACUCUUCCAAGGCGAUCGAGGUUGUACGAGCACACCCCCUCUACACCGCUAACCAUAUUGGAUCUGUCUCAGCCUACGUAUGGGACCUUGCCGGCUCCACUUUGCCACCCGGCGUCGACUCUGGUACGGUUGACGUCGUGGUAAUGGUGUUUGUCCUCAGUGCCCUACAUCCCAAAGAAUGGGCGCAAGCUGUUAUCAACGUCUAUCGAAUGCUGAAACCUGGGGGACUGGUUGUCCUGCGCGACUAUGGCCGUUAUGAUCUCACCCAACUCCGGUUCAAAGAAGGUCGGCUCUUGGAUGAUAACUUUUACGUGCGUGGGGACGGCACGCGCGUCUAUUUCUUUGACUUGGAUGAGCUCGCCUUGCUGUUCACAGGCACAUUAGCGCCCAAGAAAGAGGAUUCCAAAGGAUUGGUCGUGACUUCACAGAUAGAAGAUAACGAUCCGGCGUUCAAAGCCGAGAUUUCGAACGUCAUGAUCCUCACCUCAUCGGACGAUCUUUCUUCAGCACUGGCUCCUGCUCUUGUCGAUGUUAUUCCAACAGAGGAGCUGAGUUCGCGAAACGACCGACCCGCUCUAGCAGAGAGUACGAGUGCGAUUUUGGACGCAUCUCAACACGACACUAUCAUACGGGAUGAGAGGCCCGAGCCGCCAACAUCACUCGAAGAAGUAGACGCGUCAGAUGGUAUUACUCCAGGUCCGUCCGACCCACAUGGACACGAACCUUCGAGCGGAGCGCAGUCUCCAGGCGAGGCCCCCCCACCAUCGACCGAUCGUAUCAAUCAUGCCCAGGCCACCGCUGCGCAGUCGAGUACUGUACUUGGCAUCUCGCAUCCUCUUUUCUCGAUCACGCAGUUGGGCGUUGACCGCCGGCUGCUGGUAAACCGCAAAAGACAACUUCAAAUGUAUCGAGUCUGGAUGCAGGGAAAGUUUAGGAAGAAUUAA